GACGGGGGGAGAGGAGCAGGAGGCGCAGGGAGGAGGAGGAGAGUUGAAGAGAUGGCCAUGAUCCUGAUGGCAGCAGGCUGACUGCAGGAGAGGCUCGCUGUUCCUCGUCUCUGCCUCACGUCAUGCGCAUGUUCUGCCCCAGCAGACGCUCUGAUGUGGUACGAGAUCCGAAAGUUUGCGCCCUGUGAACAAGAGCAAUGAGGCCCUCCUCGCUCCUCCCUCUCACAUCACGCCAAUCCUACAUUUUUAUCCUCCUCGUCACUCUGCGAGUAGCCGAGUCGUGCUUGAGCGCAUUGAGGGAGGGCUGCAUGCCUGACUUCCAUGCGGUCCCGAUGGGGAUGGGAGGAGAAUUGUUGGAGAUGGGGCGACUCAAUUCUGAGGAGACAUCGAGCGACGUGCUGGCUCAGAACAGCCCGGGCAAGGGGCGCCAGAGGCUGGUGGAUCCUGACAUGGGCAGUACCGACUUUAUGUUCUUGCAAGCUCGAGUGCGAAAGUUGGAGAGGGAGUUCGACGACAAGACUCUGUUUCUCAUGAGGUCGUGCAAUCUGACGCUCGACGAAGUGAACGUCAUCUACCGAUCGUCUCCGAAGCUGAAGAUGCUGUCCUUGAAGCAUCACAUCGAACCGAUCCUCUCUCGGUUGUCGACUGAGUUUCGUCUUAGCGCUGCCAGCCUUGGAAAGCUGCUCACGAAGUUCCCCACCAUCCUCUACCCGGCGUGCUCACGCCAGUUUGACGACGUUGUCACUUUCCUGCAAGUCAUGGGAAUCAACAGUAGCGGCAUGCAUCGCAUCCUCACCUGCCGCCCGCAGAUCUUCUCCUUGAAGAUUGAGCGCAAUCUCAACUACACGAUCAACUUUCUCCUCAGAGACGUCAACGUGCCGAGGCACAAACUUAGCACGAUGCUGAUCAAGUGCCCACACAUCAUCACACUCUCUGUGGAGAGGAAGCUCCGACCAGCCCUGCUCUUCCUGCAAGGGCUGGGGCUGGACGCCACGCAGAUAGGCAACAUAUCAGCGAUCUAUCCCUACGUCUUCCUCUUCGACGUCGAAAAUAAGAUGCGCCCCACAGUUCGCUACCUGCAUGACGAGCUCAACAUUUCUUCCGACAACAUCUGCCGGGUCAUCUGCAACAAGCCGCAGCUGCUGGGGUACAGCGUGGGGAAGAAGCUGAGGCCGACAGUGAAGUUUCUGGUGGAGGAGGCAGGAGUACCCAGGCACAGGAUAGGAGACUUUGUCAUCCGCUGCCCUGCCAUGCUCGGCUACAGCGUCGACAAGAACCUGCGGCCAACUCUCAACUACAUCAAGACCACGUGCAACAUCAGCGAGCCCCAAGACUGGAUGCGAUACCCCCGGAUGCUGUCCUACAGCCUGGAGAGGAGGAUCAAGCCGCGCGUGGAGAGUCUGACAGCGAUUGGGCACAAGCUCAUGACCAUGGGGGAUGUGUUCCACGUCAUGAAGCAGCCGGAAGAGAAAUUUCGUAGGAUGGGCAGGACAGGCCACUUGGGUACCAUCCAUGUACUUUAACGAUGAGAAUCUGAACUGUUACAAACCCGC